GCCAAAGCGGCAAAACAGCGGGCUGGAGGGGUCCCAGCGCGCUUCCAGCAGAGCUCCUCAGGCCGCAACGAAGCAGCGGCUCCGUCGACUGCCGGGGGCAGCAAAAAUCAGCACUGCUAUUGACGGCCUCACUACAUAAACCAUGGCGGCCCCGGAGGCCAUCACCUACAUCUCACCGGCCCACGAGGCCAUGAAGCCCUUCGCCGAGCGGCCCGCCAAGGACGAGAAGCAAGAACAUGGAGCGAUGGUCGGCAUCCCCGCGGACGUGCUCAACACGUACAAGCCGCCGCUCUCCGACGACACGCCGAAUUUUUACGUCGAGAACAAGCAGGAGAAGCGCGUGAACGUGACGCAGGAGUCGCUGACCGCGGCGCUCGAGGAGGCGGCCGAGGUUCAAAGAAGGGCGAACGAGGCCUACGUCAAGCAGUUCGGGCAGUGGCCCGCGGAGCUCGAGGCUCUCGCGAAGAAGGAGUAAGUGUCACCUAUA